AUGAUGCGAUCCAUGGAUGCCGGUGGAGAAGAGAUCCCUGAUUUUAAGUGGGGUGUUAAGACAGGAGUGGGACGGGCAGAUAAAAACGUUCACUUCUAUGAAUCGUUUACCUAUAAGGGAAUCGAUUACCAGCUUUUUGACUGUGCUUGUUUUCAAGUCUUCUUGGGAGGAUAUGAGCCACGAUGGGAUGAGUUGUACUUGGCUUGUGGUGAUGGCCCAGGGGUUUACAAUAUAAACGAUGUGGAAGCAAUCUUGGGGAAAUGCAAUGUUUUAUGCGUAUCAAAUGACCGAAGAAACCCACAACCAGCAAGAAGUGAGUUGAGGAACGCUAACUACGUAUUCUCCCGCACCUUCAAUACAAGACUGAAUAUUGUAUCAGAAGACUUUACAGAUGCAAUAGCUGGAAUUAGAGUGGAGAAUUUCUUCAACAAGAUAAGAGAUAAACCGCCUCUAAAACGUCUAAACCCAAGCGCAGCUACCGGUUCCUGGCCUUCUCCAGUGAAGCCUUCUCGUUUAGAAUCGCGAUCAACAGAGUUAAGAAACAACGAUAACAAAGAUGGAAAGCAGACAAGUAGGAUAAGCAUGGUAAAGAAAGAUGUGGUUCUGAAGGACCGUGUUGUUCAUGUACCUGUGAAGAAGAACCCUCCUCUCUAUACUGAUAUCACGUCAAGAUGUCUGGAAAUUAAAACUAGAGCAUUAGGGAAUUCACUUGCUUCAAAUUCAUCACUCGAUUCCAAGCCUGCUACAAAGAGGAAGCUUAGACUCAGCACUCCAGAAAGAGAUGAUUCAGGCCCUGAACCAGGAGAGAGUAGAUUCAUCAAAAUGCCUCCUCUUGUAGAUAAAGCUCCUACUCAGAACAUUGGUAAAAGCAGCUGGUAUAAGAAACUGCCUUUUGAGGACGAACUAAAAGAAGCUACAGAAAACGACAGAGUGAUCUUAUUUGAGAACCUGGAACCAUCAUACUCAUCGCUGGAGGUGGAGUAUAUUUGUAGGCAAGCUUUCAACGAACGAGUUGGUGCAAGGAUGAUCCCAGCAAGUCCUGUGUCUAACCCACAUUAUGGGAGAGCUCUUGUGAUAUUUCAAACCACAAAGUCAGCUGAUAAUGCCAUGUCGCGGUUAGCUGAAGGGUGCCUGAUGUUAUCUGACGAGACUCGCGAGAGGCCUCUAGUAGGUAGCAGAUAUGGACCAAAGGAAGUUGAUGAAUGUAGAAGAUUUACUGGACAUCUUGGCUUGUUGGAUAAAGCUCAUAUGUCGUUUGAGAAGAGAAAAGCCGUUGCUACAUCACACUGCGCGCAGCCCAACCACAUUGUAUACGAGAUGGCGUGUGAAUGGCAUGCUCUACAGGGAAAGUCAGAAUUGCAGUGGAAGAGGCUAUUCGAGGAACAAGCCAAGGAUCUCAACAUCAUGAGGAGCAAAAACCCUUGA